AUGGAGCCGCUCGCUGCCCUGGGAAUUGCUGGGAACAUCAUACAGAUAGUGGACUUCGCCUCUAGCCUUGUGUCGCGUAGCCACGAGCUUUAUCAGUCAGCUGAUGGCAAGCUUGCCGAUCACACAGUGCUGCAUAGUGCCGCGCAAACUCUCCUGGGAUUGUGCGACGAGUUGCGACUUCUCGCGCCGGAAAGCGAAUUACCCCGUGGGCCUGCUGCUGCCGCCUUCGUAUCCAAGCCUGCCGGGAGUAAAGAACCUCCCAAGCUCUCUGCUGCCGAUGCCCGACUUGUUCAGCUUAUGAAAGACUGCGAAGCUGCCGCGAACAAGCUUCGCGCCGCUCUAAACAAAGCAAGCGGAAGCAGCCGUAACAACGCGUGGAAAAGUGUUUAUCAAGCCUUAAAGAGUAUACACAGCGAUCAGGAGAUUACAAAGCUUGCUAGUCAGCUUGAAGGCAUCCGGAAGCAGGUGGAUAGUACUGUGCUGGUCUCAAUUCGACAGCGAGUGGAUGCUGUAGUAGCGAAGCCAGCAUCAGCUAAGUUCCCUAGUAACUUGCGUGGGUUUCAGAUUGAGAGAGAUCAAAGAGACAAGAAACUGCUCGAGGCAGUCUACGCUAAUAACUGGACGGGUACCAACGCGCAGGAUGUCGAGGAGUUUUCGAGACACUUACGUUCCAACACAUCUAAAUCGCAAAAAGAGCAAUUUUGCGACCUCUUGCUGCCUCGACUGUAUUUUCAACAUAUGGUCAAUCGGUCCGAAAGCAUAUCUGAAGCGCACAAAGAAACAUUUGAAUGGUUGUUUGACCCUCGGUACAGCUUCUCUACAUGGCUCCAGGAAAAAGACGAAGGUCUCUACUGGAUUACUGGCAAGCCUGGCUCCGGCAAAUCAACCUUAAUGAAGUUUCUGUACAACCACAAGACUCUUGAUGCACAGUUAAGUGCCUGGGCUGAUUCUCGGGGUGGCCCAAAGAAGAUCACGAAGACCGGGUUCUACUGCUGGAAUUCGGGAAGCGACAUGCAGAUGUCGCGUUUAGGCCUCCUCCAGACCUUGCUCCACCACUGUCUCUCAGGAGACACUGAACUAUGUCUCAGAGCGUUUCCCGAGCGUUGGAAGCAGUUUGCUGCAUUUGGCGGUGGCCUAGAGACGUCCUGGGACUGGUUUGAGCUCAAGCGAGCUUUCGAGAACAUUAUAUCAGAUCAGUCUCGGUCGUACUUCAUUCUUAUCGACGGUCUGGACGAGUUCGACGGAGAGCUGAAGGAUAUCAUCAAGCUUGUCUUGGGCGCUGUACGCCCGAACGUCAAGAUGUGUGUUGCGAGUCGACCAUGGCUCCCCUUCGAGGAUGCGUUCAAAGGCCGUCCAAACUUGCUUCUCCAGGACUUGACGCAGCAUGAUAUAUCCACAUAUGUGGCCGAGACCUUUCGCGAAAACGAGCAUUACAUCCGCUUACAGCUUGACGCUCCCACCGAGGCAGGGUUCCUAUGUCAAAGCAUCGUCGAAAAGGCUUUGGGUGUGUUCCUGUGGGUUCAUCUUGUCGUGGAGUCGCUGCUAGAAGGUCUUUCGAACUCGGACAACCUGCGUGAUCUUCAAGCGCGCCAUGACGCGCUUCCCUCCGACUUGGAGGCACUCUUCGAAAAUCUACUACAUAGUUAUUACGGCACCUUGGGAAACUCUUGA